AUGUCCCAAGACUCUUCAAAUUCCUCCGGUAGUUCAUCCAUCGGGAUCCCUUCAACAGUUCGAUUUACACUCGAAAGAAUAUUUCGAAGCAUUGAGGAGAGCCUCGACUUAACCGAGGGCAACUGAAUAUUUCUCACUUCUGUUGGUUGAAGGGGGGUCAAUGCCUGAGAUGUAUCCACACCAUUACUCCCCCCUCUCCACGAAAUUUGAAUCAGACCCUCUCGGAAUGUCGGAUCGAUAACCACUAGGUGUGUCCAUACAUCCGAUGUUUUGGAGAAGACAAACCCCACAGUUUUCCCUCUACUAUCAUUCAGGUGAUUCACCACCGAGGUAACCAAAUGUUUCCCACUUAUCUUCAACAAUUCAACCAAUCUUGGAUCCAUCCUUAGAAGAUCUAGCUUCAGUGGAGCGGAAUUAAUCAAGUCUUCGAAUUCAUCACAAGAAAGACCUCGGUGAAUAACCUCAGAACCAAGAAGAGAGACAGCUUCUUGGCCAAUUUCCUCCACGCCUUCCUGGUAGUCAGAGGGUUGAGUUGAGGGGAAGUACUGUGAGUCGAAUAGACGAUACCACAGUAAGUUCUUAUGACAACUGAGAAUAGCCGAGUUGAUGAUACGAGGCAUACAGGUGCAGAGGGCUUGAUGCACGCUUUUGAGGGAGUGGUGCAAUUCCAUUUGGUGGGAUGGUAAAACACCCAAAUAAGAGACCUUGCAACGCACACCCGAAUGGCGUUGAAGAAUUGCACCCUCAUUAGAGCUUGAUCGAUCAGCUGUAGUAAUCGUGGUUGUGGUGUCACCCAAAACACGAAUAUUUAAGGAAGUAUGGCGACAUCGAUGACCAGUAGUCAUCGGAACUAUGAAACCUGAGGAUGAUUCAGCUUGA